AUGUUUAUUCUUACAACCAUCUCAGACCUGAUUCAGAUCUCCCCCGAGGACUUCUCGAAGUAUAGUUCCGUGGCCAUUGAAGACAACAUCAACGAGAAAUACGCCAAUAAAGUUAUCCAAAAGAUUGGCUUGUGCAUCGGUUUCUACGACUUGCUAGAGUCGUCCGACGGACUAAUUGGCCAUGGUACUGGCCUGGUUAAUGUGAACGUUAAAUUUCGCCUAAUUGUUUUUCGGCCCUUCAAGGGUGAGAUCAUGCUAGGGAAGAUCUCUAGUGGUACGGAGUUUGGCAUUAAAAUCGGUGUAGAGUUCUUUAAUGAUAUACUUGUCCCCCCAAAUCUUCUCCUAGACGGCGCUAGAUUUGACUAUGCGGAUCAAGUCUGGAUAUGGGAAAAUGAAGAUGGCUCCACGUUCUACUUUGACGUUGGAGAAGUUGUUCGGUUCCGAGUUGAGAUGGAGGAAUGGCAUGACCAGAUUCCAAAUGCUCCGGACCUAGGCGAUGGUGCCGCAAACGAGCGGAAACCCCCGUACUCUAUCAUUGGUUCGAUGCAAAUGGCUGGGUUGGGCCCAAUCUCUUGGUGGUAA